CGGGCCGCCGACGCCACGGACCGCCGACGCCAUGCGGGCGCUGCUGCCGCUGCUGCCGCUGCUGCGUACCGGCCGGGGCGGGCGCGCGGGCGCCCUCGUCGUCCGCCUGCGGGAGGGAGCGGCCGCUGGGCCCGCGCCGCGCCGCGCCAUGGCCUCGUACCGCACGGAGGGGCGCGGCGAGCCCCCCUCGCCCGGCUACCGCCUUUUCUUCAAGAAUGAAGUUGGUCACUAUAUUUCCCCCUUUCAUGAUAUUCCUCUGAAGGUGGACUCUAAAGAGGAAAAUGGCAUUCCUACAAAGAGAGCGCGGAAUGACUUUUCCGAGGUGUACCUAAAGAAUGUGUUUCACAUGGUUGUUGAAGUACCUCGGUGGACAAAUGCUAAAAUGGAGAUUGCCACGGAGGAGCCAUUGAAUCCCAUUAAACAGGACGUAAAGGAUGGCAAGCUACGCUAUGUGGCGAACAUUUUUCCUCACAAGGGUUAUAUAUGGAAUUACGGUGCCCUCCCUCAGACUUGGGAAGAUCCCCACAGAAAGGAUAAGCUCACAGACAGCUAUGGAGAUAAUGAUCCUAUUGAUGUUUGUGAAAUUGGCUCAAAGGUUCUUCCUCAUGGAGAGGUUAUUUGUGUGAAGAUCCUUGGGAUUUUGGCUCUUAUUGAUCAGGGUGAAACAGAUUGGAAAUUAAUUGCUAUCAAUGUGAAUGAUCCAGAUGCCUCUAAGUUUCAUGAUAUUAAUGAUGUACGGAAGUACAAACCAGGUUAUUUGGAAGCUACACUUAAUUGGUUUAGAUUUUAUAAGGUGCCAGAGGGAAAACCAGAAAACCAGUUUGCUUUUAAUGGAGAAUUCAAAAACAAGGCUUUUGCUUUUGAAGUUAUUAAAUCUGCACAUGAAAGUUGGAAAGCGUUGCUUAUGAGGAAGAGUGAUGGAGGGUCUAUAAAUUGAAUGAAAAGCCUGGGCAAAGCUAUAUCCUGGAUUUGAGGAUUCUCAUGAGUUUGAGCCUUUGUCUGAUUUGAGAUGGUCUUGAAAAAAAAAUUUUCUCUUUACUAAUGCUCUAUAUUGCUGGCCGUAAAUUUCAUCUUUUAUGUGUCUAUUCAUUAUUUGCAGGUAAUUUCUUUUUCUAUUUUUAUUUAAUCAAUUAGUUUUACCCUAUUAUAUAUCUACUAAUAUGCCUUUUAUUAUUUUUUAAUGCAAUUUGGGCUUAUUGUACAUAGCAUUUUUUGUAUUGCUUGUCUGUUGCUUUAAUGUCAUGUCUGCUUAUUUUGGUAAGCGAGAUUGUAUGUGGGCUAUAUAAUGUUUAUAAGUUUACAGCAAAAUAUUUGGUAUCUUAUUAUUAAAAGGGAAGCAGCAUAUUCUUUGUAGUCAUAUUCAAUCUUAUUUGUAGUAGACACUAUCAGCUUAGUCAUCUUUCCAUUAAAUGAUUUUUCUGCUUCUCUUGUAGGCUAUGGUCAGAUUUGAGAGCUAAAAUGUUUCCUAAAUAUUGUCAGCUCCACAGGGGCUCUGGAGUGCAAUGGGAGCUUUGUAUCCUCAGCAUCCAUAGAUGGUUUAGUUUUAAUCUUAGAAACAUUGCACAUAGAAUUUACCAUACACCAUGGUUUCUUCAGAGGACUAGCACUUCAGACUGCAAUGUCUGAUUUUUUUGCCUUAUUCUUUUUAAAUUUAGUUUUAACUUCCUUUACGGAAACUUUCAUCUGACUUAUAAGGCUUUACCUUUUUCAAUUUUUAAAUAAACAUGGGAUGUAGAGAAGAAA